AUGGGUCGACUUGUUGGUUUGGAACUUCACAACUUCAAGUCCUACAAGGGGACGGUACAAGUUGGUUUCGGUGACUCUAACUUCACCAGUAUUAUAGGUCCCAAUGGGUCAGGAAAAUCCAACAUGAUGGACGCGAUCUCAUUUGUUCUUGGGGUCAGAAGCAGUCAUUUGCGGUCAAAUAUCUUGAAGGAUCUAAUCUACCGUGGUGUACUGGAAGAAGAAGGCAGCACUGUCUCAAAUGGAGAGAAUGACGAUAAUAAUCCACAGUAUGCACACGUCAAAGCGUUCUACCUCAAAGGCAAUACCACAGUCGAACUCAUGAGAAGUAUAGCGAAAUCAGGAGACACAACUUACAGGAUGAAUGGGAAAGCGGUUAAUUACAAAAAAUUUGCAUCUUUUCUGGAGGACGAAAAUAUUCUCAUAAAGGCUAAAAACUUCUUAGUUUUUCAAGGUGACGUCGUUGCCAUUGCUUCUCAGUCCCCUUCUGACCUUUCGAACUUGUUUGAAGAAGUUUCAGGCUCCAUACAGUACAAGAAAGAAUACGAAUUGUUAAAGGAGCAAGUGCAAAGAUUGGCUCAGUCAGCAGCUGAGUCGAUCAAAAACAGGCGACGUGUUCAUGGUGAAUUGAAAACUUACAAGGAAGGUAUCCAUAAAAACCAAGAGUACUCUGAGAAGCUUAAGGAAAAAAAUGAGUUGGAACAGAAUCUAGCUUUAUGGCAAUUAUACCAUCUCGAACAGAAAAAGUCUGAACUCAACAACAACCUACGAGAGUUCAAAACAAAUAUGAAAGGAUUGAAAGAGAAAAUUGGCGACGAGGAGAAAAAUUUGACAAGAGCGAAGUCUUCGUAUACCAAGGAUAACACACUUGUUACCAAGCAAAAUAGCUAUCUUGAAGUAAAGGUGAAAGAAAGAGAGAAAGCGAAUGCUCAGUUGCUACCCAUCAAAUUGUCUGAAAAAGCUGAUAUGAGACGUGUGGCCAAUAUUGAAAAAAAAAAGGAAUCUUUACAGAAAGAUAUUGAAAGGCAAAGAUUUUAUGUUAACAAGUUCGAAAAUCAGCUGAAAGUUGUUACAAGGUCCAAGGAAACUUUUGAAAAGGAAUUGUCAGAUGCCUCCGGUAAUUUUGACAAGUACACGCUUACAGAGGCAGAUCUUAAGAUUUAUAAAGAGCUCAACGAGAAAUAUUUAAAUAGCGGUGGUUUCGACCUCGAGACUAAGAUGGCGCUACUUGAAAAUGAUAAAGAAGAGGUUCAGAGUGACAUAGAACUGGUAGAAAAAAGAUUAGCUUUAUCAAAAUCUAGAAUUAUGGAUGAAUUAAGUGAAAUUGGCGAAAGAUUGGAGUUACAAAUGACCGAAUUGACGACCAGUUUGAACGAAAAAAAUGCAAGCCACAAUGAGGACAUGAAAAAAUUGAAGAGACUGCAAUCUGAAAUAGAAUCAUCUAGUAAUAAGGAGUAUGACUUAAAUUAUAAGUUAAGAGAAACUUUGAUAAAAAUAGAUGACCUAAGUGCUUAUCAAAGAGAAACGAACAAAGAAAGAAAGCUUAGAGAGAAUGUUGCAACUCUCAAAAAAUUUUUUCCUGGCGUUAGAGGUCUUGUUUCUGAUCUUUGUCAGCCAAAAAAGGAUAGAUAUGCACUUGCUGUAUCAACAAUCCUGGGAAAGAAUUUUGAUUCCGUAAUAGUGGAUUCGUUAUCUGUCGCACAAGAGUGUAUUGCCUUCUUGAAGAAGCAGCGUGCGGGAGUGGUCUCGUUGAUACCAUUGGAUACUCUUGAUGCGGAAACACCUGUCCUAGCUAUACCUGACAACGACGGAUGUAUGCUUACAAUCAAUGCUAUCAAUUAUGACCAGGAAUAUGAAAGGGCAAUGCAAUAUGUUUGCUCUGAUUCUAUCAUUUGUGAUACCCUCACAAUCGCUCAAGACUUGAAGUGGAAUAAGAAAGUCAAGUCAAAAUUGGUAACCCUGGAGGGUUCAUUGAUACAUAGAGCAGGCUUAAUGACUGGUGGUAUUUCCAAAGAUAGUAAUAAUCGAUGGGAUAGGGAAGAAUAUCAAAGUCUGAUGACACUCAAGGAUCAAUUACAAGUGGAAAUUGAAGAGGUUUCAAAUUAUUCCAGAAAUAGUUCACUGGAGGCCAGAAACCUAGAGGGAAAUUUAUCGACAUUAAAUGGCGAAAUCUCCGAUUUGAGAACACAAAUAUCCCAACUGAAAAGAUCCAUUGAAGAGAACGAAACAGAGAUCAAAUAUCAUCAAAAUUUAAUCGGGAAAGAAUAUGAACCGAAGCAGCAAGGAUUGAGAGAAAAGGUUUCAAAAAUCAACGAAGCCAUCAGUCAUCUUUCAGUUGAAAAAGAAGACUUACAAAAAACUAUUUUUGAAAGCUUUACUUCAAGAAAAGGUUUCUCUAUCAAAGAGUUCGAAAAUCAUUCUGGCGAAAUGAUGAGACAGCAAAACAAAGAACUGCAAGAACUGCAGAGGCAAAUUUUGAAUAUUGAGAACAAGUUGGAAUUCGAGAAGGAAAGACUGGCAGCUACAGAAAAAAGACUAGAUAAGACCCAGAAUGAUCUCGUGAAAGUAAAAUCCGAACUUGUAUCUUUAAGAUCCAGAGAACAAACUGUGCAGAAAGACAUACAGAAACUCGAAGAUGAAGUGGAGACAAUUCGCAGCGGGAUUCAUGAUCUUGAGAGAGUUCUUGAUGCGAAACAAAAUGAUAUCAAUUCUACAGAUGAAAUCCUUGAUGAACAAAAUAAAAACUUUCAAUUAAUGAAAAAGGAAAGGGAUGACACUAAAGAUGAAAUUGAGAAAAUCAAUUUGGAAAGAGCUUGUCUGCUAAAGAAUUGUAAAAUCUCGAAUAUGAGUCUUCCAGUAUCUUCUGUAAUCGGAAUACAAGCGUUGCCAAUCGACAGUAUCGAUGAAAAUGCCAUUGAGAUAGCAAAUGAAAUCAGAAUUGGUUUUGAGACACUCCCAGAAAAAUACAAGGAAAGCAAUGCGGAUAGAGUCCAACGAGAACUAGAAAACAGUAUCAAAGAAAUACAAGUUACAUUGAGCGAAUUGCAACCCAAUUCAAACGCCACAGACAGAUUCACAGAAGCUCAAGUAAAAUUUGAGUCGAUCGAUCACGAAACUGAAAGACUGAAAAACGAAGAAAGAAAAGUGCUGGCACAAUUCUUGAAAGUCAAGAAGAAAAGGAAACAGCUGUUUGAAAGUGCUUUCGAAUAUGUGAGUGAUCACAUUGACCCCAUCUAUAGAGAAUUGACAAGAAACCCUAAUAGCACAAGCGAGUUGACAGGCGGUAGUGCCUCUUUAACUCUCGAAGAUGAAGACGAACCGUUCAAUGCAGGCAUUAAAUACCACGCAACGCCACCACUGAAGAGAUUCAAAGACAUGGAAUAUUUAUCUGGUGGUGAAAAAACUGUUGCGGCUCUUGCAUUGCUCUUUACCAUAAACUCAUAUCAACCAAGUCCUUUCUUUGUCUUGGAUGAAGUUGAUGCAGCUCUAGACACAGCUAAUGUUGAAAGAAUUGCUACAUAUAUCAGGAGACACGGGAAUAGUGAUUUGCAAUUCAUUGUCAUUUCACUGAAGAAUACAAUGUUCGAAAAAUCCGAUGCACUUGUAGGGGUGUACAGAGAGCAGCAAAUGAAUACCUCAAGAAUCGUUACGCUCAAUCUAGAAAAUUAUGCUAGUUAA